AUGGCCGACAUUAUGGAAGAAGACCCAUCGUCUGGGCUACAAUCUUCGGAGGAAGAGGAGAUGCCCGUGGAAUCAUUGGUCAGAGGGCGCGCGAAACGGAGUACCGCAGGACUACACAUGUCUGCCCUCCUCGAAGCCGCUGCCGAUGAUGACUUGGCGCUUCUCUUUGAGGAAGUCGAAGACGACAAUGAGUUUGCGGAUGUGGCAGACCCCGACGCAGAGGAUGACUUACUAGAGUCGUCGGACGAGGAUGAAGACCAAGGACCGAAUGCGCAAAAUGACUACGAGGGCGAACAAAAACUACAAAAAGACGAGCGCAAGAAGCGUAGAGCCCAGAAUGACCUCCGGUUCCAGACCUUGCGCAAACGAGUCAAGAUCGAUCCAACCGCCCCAUCCUCCAUGUCCGCCGCUCCUCGUCCAAAGAAAAAGUCAGAGCGCAUCUCAUGGAUUCCCACUGUGGAGGAUGGGCCUACUCGGCAAUCAUCGCGUCGCCAGACCAUGGUCAACAAGGAGCUUACGCAUGCUCGCCUCAAGGAUAGCCAAGAGAAACGAGUCCGCAUCAUCGCUACAAUGAAGGAGGCAGAGAAGCGGAAGGCCCACUUGAAACCGAAAGAGAUGACCCAGGAAGAUCAUCUUGCGGAGGCUGCAAGAGUGGAACGGCUUAAUAGCAAAAGUUUGAACCGCUGGGAGCUGUCGGAAAAAAGAAAAGCGGACGAAAGACGAGCGAGGAUCGAAGCACUGCAAAACCGUCGUCUUGAUGGUCCGGUGAUUUCCUACUGGAGUGGUGUGGCUACAUGGACGAACGGCCGGCUCACACGGGUGGGUAAAAUCGAGAUCAAACCAAAGCCAGAUAAAGAAGAAUCGAGGAAGAAAAAGAAAGAGAAGGAAGAUAAAGAGAAGGCUGCGGCAGAGUCAAAGUCCUUGGGGUCUGCAAGCAUUGUUGGAUCUGCCCCUGCUUCUACCACAGGCACAUCGCAGCCACCACCAGACUUUCAUGCAGUUGAGACCACUGGUCCAGCAAAUUCCGCUCUACCUCCUCCCACCCCCACUUUAGACCAAAAGACGCCUGAAAACAAGCCACCCGAAAAUGCUGCAGCUCCGACUGCAGAGAAUGCAGACACCCCCGUAGUGUCUUCUGGGGCGAACAUGAGCCAACCAGAUACAAAGUCUUCAGAGACGAAGACAAUCACGGCAACUCCUGCCGAGCAAAGCAAGGACAGUGCCGUGGAAAAGAAAGCUCCGGAGGUUGUCGCAAAUACACCAGUAUCACCCUCUGCGCAAGAUCAAACCACUACCUCUGAAAGGCAAUCCUCGGAGUCUAACCCUUCGGAGAGAAAGAAUUUUGCUGUGGAAAUUCCUGCGUCUCGUCAUUCAUUAGCUUCUGCGGGCAAUGGCUCUACCCAAAGAUUGCCCGACUCUUCCCCCACCAAGAACGACGAUGCCAUGGAUAUUGAUCAACCCCCAGCGGCUGUAGCGGGUGCAGAUUUUACCAAGAUGAAUCAAGAUGUUCCAGAAUCAACAGGCCAGGCAAUCUUGGCCACCCCACACGUUGCUGGUGCCCAACCGACCCCGGUAGAGACCCCUAUAUCACAUGCUGCUGGGACGAUUGUACAAGAACCACCAGUGGACAAGUCCCAGCCAGUUGAAUUAGUCACGACUAUCAGCCCUGCAAUUACACAGGCCCCUCAAGCCUCCCCGGCUACUGCAGCACCUAGUCAAGCCACGGUGCCCGAAAAUGCUCCAGCCCAGAGCCUAAACCAACCCUUCACUUUACAGUCCGAGUCACUAUUAUCAAAUGGGAUGGUGAAGGAACCAGCACCACCUGAGAUUCCAGAACCCCCUCCAGUGAUUGAGCAUACGGGACGCACUCUUACGAUUUUGGAAAACUUUGAUUAUGCGACCGCCAACAAUCGCAAAUACAGCAUGUACUUCAACGCCAAGAAGCCUGCUCGUUUGACCAAAAUUUCGUCAUCGCUUUGCGUCAUCACCUCAUUGCCCUCGCGUUACCGCGAUCCAGAGACUGCUCUCCCUUACGCCAAUUCAUACGCAUAUGGCCAAAUCCGUCGUCUGCUAUCGGAAGGGUAUAUUUGGAGCUCGAUGCUUGGAUGCUUUGUCGGCCCGGCCGAGGCUGCCCGUGGAGUACCCGAGCGAUUUACAGGCAAGACGGGCCCAGGCACAAUAAAACUACAGAUCGACAGGGAUGAGGGCCUGGCCGAAUCGACAGGGAAGGAAAUUGACAAAAUGGCUCUCGGGGUUCCUGCGACACCCCCAGGGACUCGAGCAUCAGAGCCAAUGGAGAUCGAUAAGGCAUGA